AUGAUUCUAGCACAUGGAGAUAGGGCUGGGAGUGACACCAACCGGCAAGCCAAAAUGAUCGACUUUGCAGAGACCAUCGAAGAUUGUAGGCUGCUUGACCCGGGCUUCGAUGGGGCAGAAUACACCUGGGCAAAGAACGGACUGUUUGAAAGGCUUGAUAGGGUUCUUGUAAGCGAGGACUGGACCAAAAUUUUUGAAGCAACAAGAGUGACAAACCUCCCACGGGUCUCCUCCGACCAUGGGCCGAUGCUAGCUAGAUGCAAGAUGGUGAAUUCCCCUACCGAAGGCAGAUCGUUCAGAUUCCAAAACAUGUGGAUCCGGCACGAGGGUUUUAAGCAACUAGUUCAGGAAGUGUGGGACCAACCUACGGGGGCGGGUGGGCUCCUAAACCUUCAAACGAAGCUAGCAAAGUGCAAAAAGGCCUUAAAGCAGUGGAACAGGGAAUUUUUUUGGCAAGAACGUUACGGGAGGAAUAUUGAAAUCCUCUCCCUUCUCUCUAUCUUCUCUCUCUAA